UGGUAGGAACUUCUGACUUGGCUGGAGUGUUCCUGGCUAGAGUGUGCCCUUGACUUCGAGUUCUAAGAAUCCAAUGCUGACCCAGUCAAACCCAACCUCCACCAUGAGGCCCAGGGACAGUGGAGACUGCACUGUGAAUACUAUGAAUGAGGGAUCAUACUUGAAUGCCACCACACAGGGAAGCAGCAGUGUCACUACCCAGCUUGCCAGCUCUAUGGGCACUCAAAUAUGCACAGCAAGGAAUCAAAACAAAGUGAAGAACAGAGUUGUAUGGGGCAUUGAGGUCACAGAGGAGCUGCAGUGGAAAGGCUGGGAGCUGGGGAAGGAGACCACAAGGAACCUGGUUCUGAAAAACCUCUCUUUGAAAAUCCAGAAGAUGAAGUACAGGCCUCCCAAGACCAAGUUCUUCUUCACAGUCAUCCCUCAACCCAUUUUCCUGAGCCCAGGCAUAACCUUCACACUUCCCAUCAUCUUCCGGCCUCUGGAAGAGAAGGAAUACAUGGAUGAGCUAUGGUUUGAGAAAGAAGAGGGAAUAUUCCGUGUGUCCCUGAGGGCAACCUUGCCUUUCCACAAACUAAUCUGCCCACUAUCCCUGCAGCUGCCCAUGUGUGCCAUUGGGGAUACAGUGGAGACAUGGUUCUGCCUGAACAACGUGGGGGACCUGCCCACCUUCUUCACCUGGGAAGUUCCAAACCCAUUCCAGAUACUUCCUACCACGGGGUUACUGGAGCCAGGCCUGGCCUGUAAGAUCAAAGUGACCUUUGAGCCUCUGAUGGCUGUCAUCUAUGAAGCUGAGGCCAUGUGCUGCUAUGGGAAGGGCAGCAAGCAGAAAAGAAUCAUCCAGUUGCAGGCUGCAGGUAAGUGUGCACAGCUCCUGGUAAGCAUAAAACACAAGCGGCCAGAGGACCAGGAUGAUGACGGCUUCCAGAAGGUUUUAUACUUUGGCUCUAUCUCUGUGGGCUGCACCUUGGAGCGGCAUAUCAGGCUGUAUAACCCAUCUUCGGUUAAUGCUCCCUUCAAGAUCGAAAUGGCCCCAGACAGGCUGACCAAAGACCAGGCCUUCUCAUGCUCCACGAGCCAUGGCAUCAUUCCCCCAGGAGGGAAGAAAUGCGUGUCGGUGUUCUUCCACCCCAAGACCUUGGACAGCAGAACCAUGGACUACUUCUCCAUUGUGCCUUCUGGUUGUGCCUCCCAAACUCUCCUCCAAGUCGUGGGUUUCUGUAGAGGUCCUGAUGUGUCCCUGCAGCGCUGCUGCAUCAACUUCAGCUGGGUCAAGCUCGGGGAGCAUGCAGAACAGACCCUGUGGAUUGAGAACAAGUCAGAAUGCUUGGCUCACUUCCAGUUUGAUAUUGACUGCCAGGAGAGUGUCUUUAGUAUCAGGCCUGCCUUUGGAACCCUGGCAGGCAAGGCCCGAAUAACCCUGCACUGUGCCUACCAGCCCACUCAUCCCAUCAUCUGCUUCAGGCGAGUAGCCUGUCUCAUCCAUCACCAGGACCCACUGUUUUUGGACCUCAUUGGGACCUGCCACUCAGACAGUACCAAGCCAGCCAUCCUGAGGUCCCAGCACCUCACUUGGUACCGCACACACCUGGCUCGGGGCCUGAUACUCUACCCCCCUGACAUCCUGGCUGCCAUGUUGAAGGAUAAGAAGCUGGAACAGGAUAAGAACGGGGCUCUCAUGCUGCCCACUGAGUCUCUCCCUGUGCAGGAUUUGGAGGAUAUGCCAGCCCCACAGUACCCCUACAUCCCCCCCAUGAUGGAGUACUUUUUUGAUGGCACCAGCGACUUGGCCAUCUUUCCCCCGGCUGUCAGUCUAGAGCCUCUUGUGGUGGACUUCGGUGCCUGCCCUGGGCCGGAGCCCCCCAACCCUGUUCCCUUGUGCCUGAGGAACCACACGAAGGGCAAGAUCACAGUGGUCUGGACUCGAAGGUCUGACUGCCCCUUCUGGGUGACCCCAGACACCAGUGAUGUGCCCCCACUCAAGUCCACAGCCAUGCGUCUGCACUUCCAGCCGUGUUCCCCCAACUGCCUCUAUGCAGUGGAGCUUGAAGCUUUUGCUGUUUACAAGGUCUUGCAGAACUACAGCAAUAUCGAAGAAGACUGCACUGUGUCCCCAUCCUGGUGUCUGAAGGUGCGGGCUCAAGGUCACAGCUAUCAUGCUGCCUUAGAGCAUCACAUCCCCCAGUAUUCCCUGGAUGCACCCAAGCUGUUUCCUGCAGUGCCCUCUGGAGAGCCCUCCUACCGAAGCCUACUUCUAGACAACAAAGGCCCCAUGCUUUUGACCUUCAACCUGGUUCCCAACAGCAGCUCGGAUGUCACCCUACGACCCACCUCUGGCCUCGUUGCCCCUGGGGCCCACCAGGUCUUCCUCAUCAGCACCAACCCCAAGGGCACCUCAUGGAAGCAGCACAUUUUCUACCUUCAGUUCAACUUUUACCCCCAGUAUCUCAAGGAAGUGAGUAUGCAGAGCCGAGAGGAACCACUGGAGCUGAAAGUGGACACCUGCAAAAGCAUCUUCUUCAAGCCCACAUGGGUGGGUUGCUCCUCCACCAGUGCCUUCACCUUCCACAACCCCUCACGGCUGCCCCUGGAAUUUGAGUGGAGGGUCUCCCAGCACCACCGAAAGAUGUUGGCAGUCCAGCCCUCCAGGGGGAUCAUCCAUCCUAACGAGAACCUUACACUGACGUGGAUCUUCAGCCCUUUGGAGGAGACCAAGUACCUGUUCCGAGUGGGGAUGUGGGUCUGGGAAGCCAAGCUGCCCCCCAAAACCAGUUCCAGAGCCACCAUGCACUACAUGAUUCGGCUGGUGGGCAUGGGCAUCACCAGCUGCCUCUCAGCAAAGCAAAAGGAGUUGGACUUUGGAAACGUGCUGGUGAAUAGCCAGGAGGUCAGAUCUUUGGUGCUUCUGAACAAUGGCAACUGCACCCUCUAUUACCGCCUGGUCCUGGAGCAACACAGGCCCAAGGACUUCAACAAUGACCCCUCUGCUCUACAACUGGACCGCUCAGAGGGGACCAUGCCUCCUCACUCCCAGGACACCAUCUGCCUGACUGCCUGUCCCAAGCACCGAUCCCAUUAUUCCUGGACCCUCAGCUACUCUCUCCUGUCCCACCGAGCACCCCCAGAGAACCAGGUUGGUGAGAAGCAGGAGCUGUGCCAUGUCUCCCUGGUGGCUGUUUACCCCUUACUCUCCAUCCUGGAUGUGUACUCCAUGGGCAGCGCUGAGGGCAUCACUCGGAAGCACCUAUGGCAUCUCUUCUCCCUGGACACACUCAACAGUUACUUGUCACGUGACCCCACCCCCCGGGAGCUUACCUACAAGGUGCCUACUCGGCACAGCAUGGGCCACGUGCCCCCUGUCUUCACUCCUUUGAAGCUGGACUUCAAUUUUGGGGCGGCACCACUCAAGGCCCCACCCUCAGUGGUACUCCUGGUCAUGAAGAACAAUGGAUUGGUGCCCUUGGACUGGGCCUUCCUCUUUCCGAGUGACCAGCAGCUCGACCUGGAGCUGUUGGUAGAGCAAGCAGAGCUUAAUUGCACUGAGCUUCACCAAAUGCGAGCAGAGGACAACUGCAUCUUCUCCAUCAGUCCCAAGACUGGCAGCCUGAACCCUGGGCAGGAGCAGAUGAUAGAGUUAAAAUACAGCCAUCUGUUUAUUGGCACUGAUCGUCUCCCUGUGCUCUUCAAGGUGUCCCAUGGUCGGGAGAUCCUGCUGCAUUUCAUAGGUGUGACAGUGAGGCUGGAGCAGAAGUAUGUGCACUUUACUUCCACCACCCACCAGUUCAUCCCUGUCCCUAUUGGCGACACACUGCCCCCACGUCAGAUUUAUGAGCUGUAUAAUGGUGGCUCAGUGCCUGUGACAUAUGAAGUCCAGACCAGCGUCCUGUCACAGGUUCAAGAAAAAAAUUUUGACCAUCCUAUCUUCUGCUGCCUGAACCCCAAAGGGGAGAUCCAGCCAGGAACUACUGCUCAGGUCCUGUGGAUCUUCUCACCCAUCGAAGCCAAAACCUAUACAGUGGAUGUACCCAUACACAUCCUGGGAUGGAAUUCAGCAGUCAUUCGCUUCCAAGGAGUGGGAUAUGACCCCUAUGUUAUGGGUGACACAGCCCCUUUUCACAACAUCUCCUCGUGGGACAACAGUUCUAUAUACUCUAAGCUGAUGGUUCCUGGACAGAAUGUCUUCCUGUCUCAGUCUCAUAUCUCCCUGGGAAACAUCCCUGUGCAGAGCAAGUGUAGCCGCUUGCUCUUUCUCAACAAUAUCUCCAAGAAUGAAUCAAUUGUCUUCACCUGGCAGUCAAGGCCCUUAGACUUUGGUGAGGUAUCUGUGAGUCCCAUAGAAGGAGAACUGGCUCCUGAAGAGGCAGUCCCAAUCCUGGUGACCCUGAAGGCCUCAGUGCAUGCCAGCUUCUACAGUGUGGACCUGAUAUGCAAGGUAUACCGGCAGGAACUCAUGAGGCAGUACCACAAAGAGCUACAGGAAUGGAAUGAAGAGAAGGCACGGCAGGAGGUGGAGUUCACCAUCACAGAUAGGAAAGUGAAGAGACAAAUGUAUUGUGUAGCCUGUGAACCUGUGAGAAAGUACAAGACACUGCCUCCCAUCACAAACAAGCCGUCUCUCAGCCGGCCUGCCAGCUGGAACUUGAAAAUAGUAAAGGAGGAGAAAUGCUGGUCACGCCCCCAGCCACCUGUGCCAGGUCUGCUCUACCUGAGCCUCACUGCCCGGGCCCAUGCCACCGACUACUACCUGACCAACUUCUUCUCUGAGUUUCUCUGCCACUUCUUGUACAGGGAGCUGCCAAAGAAGAAAGCCUCCAGGGAAGGGAGGACACCCUCUUUUGAAGGCAAACCCCUUGACAAAGAGGCUCCUGUCUCUAAGCAGAAGAAACAGCUUCUAGUCGACUGUCUCACCACCAUCAUCAGGGGUCUGCUGGAAGAUAAAAAUUUCCAUCAGGCUGUGGACCAAAGCCUGGUGGAGCAGGUACCUUACUUCUGCCAGUUCUGGAAUGAGCAGUCAGCCAGGUUUAUGGCCCAGAAGAGCAGCCUGUAUUUAAUGCCAAUCCUGUCCCUGCCCAACUUCUGUGAGGACGAGAAAGGCAAGGAGCUGGGGGAAGACAAAUGCAGCUUGGAGCAGAAGGCAGAGGGGAACAAGGAGGAGGACAAAGAGGAAGAGGAAGAAGAGGAGGAGGCAGAAGAGGAGGAAGAGGAGUCAAAAGAGGAGGAGUUGGGCAAGGAGGAGAUGGAGGAGGAGAUAGAGAAGGAAGUGAGGUUGACCUGGUCAGAGAUUAAGGCUGCACAGCUGUCUGGGUCUCAACAGUCCCUGCAGUGGCAAUGGCAGCAGGACCUGAAAAUCAUGAUGAAGGAGGAGCAAGAAAAUGAUGAGAAGGAGGCCAUUGGAAGGCUAUCUGCCUUUGCCAAUCUUCAGGAGGCUCUACUAGAGAAUAUAAUCCAGAACAUACUGGUGGAGGCUAGCCGUGGAGAGGUGGUGCUCACUUCGAGGCCUCGCAUUAUCGCCCUGCCACCAGUUAGUGUGCAUAGGACAGACACACUGUUGCCAAUGCGGCAAGGGGAAGUACUCUGCUCAGCGGUACCACCAGCUACCAACUGUUUGCUGCUGUCUGAGUCCAGCCCCACCUACAUGCCUCCCUAAAUUGUUCCUGGUCCUCUCUCUAUCGCUCUACCAGUAAAGCAUUUAGCCUUU